CUCUCGGCAACACUUAAUCUCUCUCUGGCCUCGCCUCGCUCAUCGCAUCGCACGCAUUCCAUGUACUCUUCCACUUCUAGAUAGCAUACAGCCCGACCCACCAACAACUGCACACCACCAGGCAGCGCACCACUGGCGCCCCUCCCCUCUCCAACCCCCCCCCCAUCUCAGGGCAUCUCUGUUCGUGUCCAUCACUGCUACUGCAGCCAGCCAUGCCCGCCGCGCGCAACCAACCACCGUCGUCGUCGUCGUCGGCACACGGCGCGUGCGGCUGCGCCGACGCCCAGCAGCACACCAAGCACUGCCCGCUGCACCUCGCGAUGCGGCUCGGGCGCGCUGGCUCGCUCCGCACCCACCACCACCGCCGGCGCCGCUCGCGCUCGCACGACCAAGGCGGCGCUGCGACCCCUGCCUCCGCCGUCGUCGCGCCCGAGCCGGACGAGGGCACCGAGACGCCAAACUACAACACUGUCGACAGCAGGGAAGCGUUCUGGAACGAGCUCGAGGCCAUCCUCACGCUGCCAGACGGCUGUGGGCUCAAGGAGCUCAACAACACGCUCCGCAUGUUCGUCACCUUCUGCGGCGCAUACCAUGAUAUCUACCUCCAGUCACCGAUCGAGAUGCAGGGCGCGAUUUCAUUCCUUCUCGAGAGCGAGCUGUUCGAGUACCAUUAUGAGCGUAUGGUUGGAGUCAUGAUGGGCGACGCCCAGGAGAACACAAAUCCCCACGAGCUGUACAUCUGGUACCAUAUAAUCCUCUUCUACGGACAGCGGCACCCAAGUCUGUUCCGCUCGCAUCGCAAGUGGCAGAAGCUCCUCCCGACUCUUGGUGAGGUUGUCGGUUUGGACUAUGAAGAGAACUAUGUCCUUGGGCUGCCGCCGAUCGAAAGCAGGUUGCGCUUACCGGCUACAACGCUCAUGUACGAGGUAUGCCGUGUACAGAUGCUCGACCCGACCGAGCUGGCCCAGUUUGACGACACGUUCAUCGACCACCUGUUCGACCUCGUCGAGACGACGCGAGACCAGCAGGACGAGCGGCUCAACUAUGCCGUCAUCAGCUUGAUCGUCGCGCUCAAUGAGCAGUUCAUGGUGUCUACUCUGCCUGACCACAAGGACCGGCGGCGAAACAAGCAGGCAUCGGCGCCCGCCUCGGUGUCGGCAACCAAUCUUUCCGUCACACAGGACAGGGAGGGGCGCCAAGGCGAGCGCCGCCGUUCGGCCAGCGUCACACCUGCGCCGCGCAUCAAGAUCGGCGAGGAUGUCGAGGACACGAAAAAGAACAACCGUGUUCUCGUGGUGCUUAUGCGCCGGCUCGGCAGCAGCAAGACGUUUGGCGAAAACGUCAUCUUUAUGUUAAACCGAGCGGAGAACACACCAGAGGGACUGUGCUUGCAGCUCCUCAUCCUCAAGAUCCUAUACCUGCUGUUCACGACCCCAGGUACUCAGGAGUACUUUUUCACAAACGACAUGCGCGUCCUGCUCGACGUGUUUGUGCGCGAGCUCGUCGACCUGCCAGAGGAGCACGAGGCGCUGCGUCACACCUACCUCCGUGUCUUGUUCCCCCUCCUCUCCCACACUCAGAUCCGCCGGGACCCAUACAAGCGUCCUCAGAUUCGGCUUAUUCUUCAAUCACUAAUUUCAAACGACCAUAUUCACGACAUCAACUCGACGACGAGGCGCCUCGUCGAGCGCUGCCUGCAGGCUGCAAAUGAAAACCCGACCGCCGACUCCAACCACUGUCUCUCGCCAGACUCGGCCAUGGCCAUGCACUCGAUCGCUGCGUCGCUCCCGGCGCCAAAGGCAACCCCGUACCUCGAGCGCCCAAGUGCACCGGGGCGUGUCGCCUCGCUCAUCGACGUCUCGGGCAACCUCUCGCACCCGCCGUCCCCGUCCACCAUCCACCCAGAGUACAUCACCGACGCACACCACUUCGGGUCGCCACUCGCCCUCAAGGCGGGCGACGUCAAGGUCGUGCCCGUCGUGCAGGGCGCCGUCGGGGUCGACGUUGACGGGCGGGGUGUUGCGCCUGCCGCUGACGGCCCCAAGCCAGCCAAGUCCCACACGGCAAAGGCAACAUCCGUGUCCUUUGACGACGGCACAGACGCACAGGCCUUUAUCCCGGACACCGAGCUCGUCGUGGCCAACUCUGUCCCCCUGACCGACGCGCAGUGGGACCGGCUGGACGAGGCGGUGAAUGCUGCCGAUGGGGGGUUCGAGAAGGUCGAGGCUGAGGUCGCGGCGACGGGAGGCGUGCGGCGCAAGAUUCUCCUCGCCGGCCUCCUCCCCCCGCCCCUGACGAAGCCGUCAUCCCCGCUCCUCCAGGCGCAAGAGUACAACGUGCACGUCGGACGGCUAUCCCAGCUGUCGCUGCAUGCAGACAUUGUGCUCAAGGCGCUCCCGCCGGUCGUCGACACACGCGUCGCCGGCCCAGGGAAGUGGUGGGAGGACACGAAGGAGGUUGAGCGCGUUGUCAAGAUGUACAUCGCCCCCGCUAUCGAGACAUUUGGUACCCACCGCAUCGUCUUCGGCUCGCACCCGGCCGUCACACCUACCGACCCGGCGGUCAUUGUCCCCAUCACCGGUGCGGCAUGGUACGCACUGCUGCGCAAGUGUGUCUCCGAGCUCGGUGAGGACCAGGACGCCGUCUCGAACGUGUUUGGCUCCAAUGCCGCCCAGUAUUAUGGCCUGAGCUGAGCGCGGGCGCCGCGUCGGGCGGCCGAAGGACGCCGAGGGAGGCCGAUGCCAUCUUGAUACCCAUAGUAGAAGUGUG